UCUGUCACUACUCACUGUCAGUCGUUGCUAGUUUUGUUUUGUUUCGUUUUUGCAAAUAACAAAAAUAAACAUUAAUUUAUAUUUUUACGUACGACCUAGAAUCAUAAUGCGGUUGUUACUGUUAUUAUUGGCCACUGUGGCCUCAAGUUUAGCGACAUUUCAGAGGAUUCCCUUGUACCAUAUAAAGACAGUCCGCCGUCAUCUUCAUGAGGUUGGCACGGAUAUGCACACUACUCGCCUCAAAUAUGCUGCAAAGGGACCCACUCCUGAGCCACUCUCCAAUUACCUUGAUGCGCAGUACUUCGGGCCCAUCUCCAUCGGCACUCCGCCGCAGACCUUCAAGGUGGUGUUCGACACGGGCUCCUCCAACCUGUGGGUGCCCUCUAAGAAGUGCCACUAUACCAACAUAGCGUGCCUGCUCCACAACAAGUACGACAGCGGCCGUUCCCGCUCCUACCGCGCCAACGGCACGGAGUUCGCCAUCCAAUACGGCUCCGGCUCGCUGUCCGGCUUCCUCUCCGCCGAUGACGUCACGGUGGGCGGCAUCACGGUGCGUCAGCAGACAUUCGCCGAGGCCUUGUCGGAACCGGGGCUGGCGUUCGUGGCGGCCAAAUUCGACGGCAUCCUCGGCAUGGCGUUCAGCAGCAUUUCCGUGGACGGAGUGACACCGGUGUUCGACAACAUGGUGGCGCAGGAUUUGGUGCAGCCGGUGUUCUCGUUCUACCUGAACCGGAACACGAGCGCGGCGCAGGGCGGGGAGCUGAUCCUGGGCGGCUCCGACCCGGCGCACUACGAGGGCUCCUUCACGUACGUGCCGCUGACCCGGGACACCUACUGGCAGUUCCACAUGGACUCCAUCGCCGCCGGGAACCUCACGCUCUGCGCACAGGGUUGUGAGGCCAUCGCGGACACGGGCACCUCCCUGAUCGCCGGGCCGUCCAAGGAGGUGGAGGCCCUCAACCGCGCCAUCGGAGCCACGUCGGUCAUGUCCGGCCAGUACGUCGUGGACUGCUCGCUGCUGCCGCGCAUGCCGCCCGUCGUGCUCACCAUCGGCGGCCAGGCCUUCACCCUGCAGCCGGCGGACUACGUGCUGAAGGUGUCCCAGUUUGGCAAGACGAUGUGCCUGUCCGGCUUCAUGGGAAUAGACAUCCCGCCGCCCAACGGGCCACUGUGGAUCGUGGGCGACGUGUUCAUCGGCAAGUACUACACCGAGUUCGACGUCAAGAACCGUCGCCUCGGCUUCGCGCCCGCCAAGUGAACGGAGAGAGAGAACAUCUACAUUAAUUUCACUAAACAUUACAGUCACAGUAUAUUUUAUCGAAAGUACCAGUUUGUGGAGCAGCGGCACCACCUCGUAGACAUCGUACAGCUCUCUUAAUUUUAUGUCAUGUUCUAGGUAUAGUAUAUAGUACCUUCGAUAGUUUGUUUUAGUUUUUAGUAAAGUUGUACCUAUAGCAA